AUGACUACACUAUCAACACCCCGUGGGCGCCAGGCCCUUGCCGUCAGUAUUGUCUUCACGACUCUAGCGACAUUGAUUACAGCAAUCCGGAUAUACACACGCACAUUCCUCGUCAAGAAGAUGGGAUCAGACGAUUAUGUUAUUUUGGUCUCUUUGGCUUUCUCAUGGAUCUUCUUUGGCCUUCUGGUUGGAGAGGUCUACCAUGGCAUGGGAGAGCAUUACGCCGUAAUCCCGGCUGCAAUCUAUAAGGCUCAAAUGAUCUGCUUCUGGGCAUCCGUCCCAAUCUACCAAACAAGUCUCAUAAGCACAAAGAUGUCAAUCCUCCUUCAAUAUAAACGGGUCUUCUCAACACCACGAAUGCGUCUUGCAUGUUGGCUCCUAAUCGGAUUCCUCGGGGCAUAUGGAACAUGGACGAUCGUCAGUGCCUGGGCUAAUUGCGUGCCUUUGGCCAAAUUCUGGGAUCCGACUCUCCCAGGCUUUUGUUUGGAUAAAAAAGCCUUGUGGUUCUCUAACUCGGCUAUCCAUAUUCUCACCGAUAUCAUCAUCUUGCUAUACCCCAUGCCGGUGCUGAAGUCGCUCCAAUUGCCCAAAAAGCAGAAGUUUGCGCUGAUGGCUGUUUUCGCACUGGGUGGAUUUGUAUUGGUCACAAGUGUCCUGCGUCUACAAUCCUUGCUGGUUAUCUCCAACUCUAGCGAUCCAACCUACGACAAUGUCGGCGCAGCAGCCUGGUCAGCAGUCGAAUGCAAUGUGGCCAUUAUCUGCGCCUGUCUUCCUGGAACCAGAGCCUUCCUCUCCCAACUGCUCCCACACAUCUUCUCAACCCGCAGCAACGGCUAUCGCAGCAGGACUACACGACCAACACGCACAGGACGCAGUGCCCUUACCGGCAAUGGAAAUACCCAAGUUCUUGCAUCUGUCAUCGGCGGCCGGGACCCGGGCUACGACAACGAUCUGGAGGCUCUCUCGCCGUCUGGCUCAUCUUUCAAUAGCAUUUCGAAAGAUCAGAAGGAAGCUUUCACUGGUAUCAAAGUCACUACCAAUGUUACUCAGCAGAGUACAUCGCAUCCGAAGAUCUUCCUUACCGACGAUAAGGAGAGUGCAAAAGAGUUGGUUUAA